CGCAUAGACGAUGGUUCUCUCCGAAUCUCCACUCGCUGGAUAGCAUAGCAUCGCUCCUUCGUUGAAUUCUUCCUCAAUCCAUCCAUCCACCCACUACCAACCACACAUCCUUCUCGUCUCCCCGCCAGCCAUGUCCCUCACGCCGGCGAUGAAGGCCCUUGGCGGCCUGGCCACCUGGGCUUACCUCGACGCAAAGUACGGACUUCGAUCCGACUCGCGAUUGGGCAGGGCUGCAGCUCGUGGUAACUUGACCCACCGCCUCAACAGCUGGAAGGGAAAGAUCUCUCUCUACGAGCGAUUUGCUGCCAGAGUGCAGUCGACGCCAGACAAUGUCGCAUACGUCUACGAAGGGCAGACGUGGACCUGGAGCCAGAUUCAGAAGGACGUCUUCCGAGUCGCCAACUAUCUCUUGAGCCUCGGCCUCAAGCCUGGAGACCGCAUUGCCCUCGUCUCGGGCAACUCGGUCGCAUUCGUUACCAUCUGGCUUGCCUGCAUGUCUAUCAAUGUCGCCCCGGCCUUCAUCAACCACGGCCUCACCGGUCAAGGUCUCGAGCACUGCAUUAAGGUCUCGCGCGGUCAAGUCGUCCUCUACGAGCCCGGCUUCGAAGAGAAUAUCGCCGCCAUCCAAUCACAGCUUCAAGGCUCAAAUGUCCGCCAGUACGUUUGCAUCGAGGACGGCAUCCCAUUGUCCACAGGGGAGAAGUCAGGCAGCGGCGCUUCAGGUUCCAUCCAGAACUCGGUCACCCUCAGCCUGCCCCAGCUGCGAGCCUCCUCCCCCAGCCCCAAGCCCAUCGAUCCUACCUACCGCAAAGACGUCACAGAGAAGACGCCCGCCUGCCUCAUCUACACUUCGGGCACCACGGGACUGCCCAAAGCAGCGCUCUGCUCGCACGGCCGCAUUGGCUUCGCCCUCGUCAUCUUCGGUACGGUCAACAACUUCAAGACGUCCGACCGCAUCUAUACGCCUAUGCCUCUCUAUCACUCCUCUGCCGCCUUCCUCUGCAUCGCAACCGCCUGGCCUGCAGGCUCCACAGUCAUCAUCGGCCGCAGGUUCUCCGCCAGCAGAUACUGGGACGAAGUGCGCAAGUACGACGCGACCGUCGUCCAGUACAUUGGUGAGAUUGCACGUUAUCUCCUCGCCGUGCCGCCAAGCCCGCUCGACAAGCAACAUCGCGUCCGCAUGGCCUACGGCAACGGCAUGCGUCCAGACGUCUGGACCAAGUUCCGUGAACGCUACGGCGUCAAGGAGGUCUCAGAAUUCUACGCGUCCUCUGAGGGCAACGGCGCCUUGAUCAACUACAACACCGGGCCCUUCGGCGCAGGCGCCAUCGGCCGCUUCGGCCCCGUCGCUAGGCGCGCCCGUCCAGACUUCAAGAUUGCUCGCGUUGAUGCCAUCACAGAAGACAUCUAUCGCGAUCCCAAGACGGGCUUUUGUGUCGAGUGCGAGCCAGAGGAGAGCGGGGAGUUCCUCAUGGUCAUUGAUUCUUCGAAACCCUCUGGUGACUUCCAGGGUUAUGCGGAUAACCCGGAGGCGACGCAGAAGAAGAUCUUGAGCGAUGUCUUCAAGAAGGGGGACAGGUGGUUCAGGAGUGGCGAUCUGAUGAAAAGGGAUGCGGAUGGCUUCUUCUGGUUCCAAGAUCGCCUAGGCGACACCUUCCGCUGGCGCGGCGAGAACGUCUCUACAGCGGAGGUGGCGCAAGCCCUUGGCCAGGUCAUCGGCGAAGCAAACGUGUAUGGUGUCGAGGUCCCCGGCUCAGACGGUCGAGCAGGCUGUGCUGCCAUCCCCUCGGACGUCGUCUUCGACCCUGCCCACCUCGCAGCACAUGCGCGCAAGACGCUGCCCAAGUAUGCUGUACCCUUCUUCUUGAGGAUCGUGCCCACGAUGGAGCAGACGGGAACUGUCAAGCAUCUCAAAGUCGCACUGCGUAAAGAGGGCAUUGAUCACUCGAUGGUCAAGGGAGACGCCAUCUGGUGGCUUCCGCCAAAUGCAGAGGCGUACAGACCCUUCUUGCCGCAGGACCUGCAAGAGCUCGCUGCGGGUAGGGUCAAGCUUUGAGCUGAAGAGCUCACUGAUUGAUAUUCCGUCCCUUGCUUCCUCUUCCCCUUCCUCUUUCGGCAAGCAGCCGCCCCUCGUAGCUCGUAGACUUGAUUAAUUUGGUCUUCCCUUUCUCUCUUGCUGCAAUCACAAUGGAAACAUCUUUUCUUAUGCAUGCAGUAUUGCGUGUUGCAUUAUCAUUCCAUAGAUAAUCAUACAUGACA